UAAUUAAUAUUUAUAUCAGUCAGUGUUCUAUUAGGCCUGCUCUUUCCCUCUAUUUACCAUAUUCAGUACGUACACCUUAAAUAUGCCUAAUUUAAAAACUGCGCGUAACUUUCAUUGCAUAAAUAGCAUUUUUUUGUAAACUAAAGCUUUACAUGGACCUAAGCAAUAUCUAUAUCUAAGGGUAGUAUCUAUAUACAGCGGCGUAGCCUACUUGGUUAUCGGGCUUCGGCCGGUAUUGUCGCGUAUCCCCUUCCUAUGUACUGAAAGAGUGUCAGUGCGUGUUGCAUUUACUAAUAGGCUGACUUACUUAUAGUGGGCGGAGAAUACUUUCUUAAAUGCCAAAUCUUCUACUCUAAACGUCGAUUUGGAUGUCGAUUUGGAAAUGUGCGCGCACAAACACAAACAUAAAGAAAAGUGCAAGUUAAACGGAUACCGAACUUGAAAGCUUAUUGGAAAUGACGCCUAAAUGCUGAAAGUAUUUUUUUUGUACGAAAUGCGAAGUCAUCUUGUGGAAUAACUGCGAAUAAACAGUAUUUUUCCAUUUCCUGGUUCAAAUCAAUGAGGCGAUGCAUCGUCUUUUGGAUUUUAGUGAACUCCACAGUCCUCCAAAUGCACUACCGGAUCGAUCUCACAGAUUUAGGAGUUUCAUGAUAGAAGAGAUUCUGACUGAUCCCCCGGCCACCAAGAUGUCUCCCCCGACGGGAGCAGCACUCAGGUUUGGGCUGCAAGCACUUUUAUCAACACGAUCAUAUCACAAUCAUUUCGGCCUGAAACCAGAUCAUACCGGGGUUUUCAAGUUGCCUCUUUGCCCCCUGUCGUGCUCUCUCGGCUCUCCGCUGGGAGCCGCGCUCUUCCACCGGCCGCCGGCACUGCAGGCCGGCUCCACUUCUCGGCAAAUGUCCUUAGAACCACAUCUCCACGGCAAGAUUAACCCCAGACUUGAUGGAGAAAGCAAGACAAAGAAAGGCAGAAGGAGCCGAACAGUCUUUACCGAACUGCAGCUUGUGGGCCUUGAGAAACGAUUCGAGAAACAGAAGUAUCUUUCCACACCGGAUAGAAUAGACCUUGCCGAGUCGCUGGGUUUAAGUCAGUUACAAGUCAAAACGUGGUAUCAAAACAGAAGAAUGAAGUGGAAGAAAAUUGUCCUGCAAGGUGGCGGGCUGCAAUCCCCCACCAAGCCAAAAGGUCGUCCGAAGAAGAAUUCACUUCCCUCUAGUGAGCAGCUUUCAGAGCAAGACAGGUCUAUAGAGAAAGAUCUGCAGUCAGGCGGCAUGAAAAAUUACAACGUAAACCAGGAGGAAUGAAAUGGAGUAUACGGCCGCACUGGCGGUGGCAGGUUAUCGCCGUGCCGUGAACAUUUGACAUGUAUUAGGCCCGUAUUUUUCUUGGGUGUAUCCAGGGGAACCGAGGAGUGGCGCGUGGUAAUUAUAGCUUCCUUCAGCUUCUUUUUUCCAAAAACAGGGCCUCGCCAUCUAGACACCCCCAAUCGUUUCGAAAAGCAGAAACCAAAUGAAUGUCCUGCCAGUCAAUUAAUAUCUGUCCCAUACAAAAAGGACGCACAAAAACGUUCAGCAGAUCACUGAUUCUGUCCCACUUUCAGUGAAAUAUCUGAGUACUAUAGUAUUUGUGUUGACAUUUCUUAUUACUUGUACAUUUAUUUAAUAUGCUGUUCUAACAAUGGUAAGAUAUAUGCAGAAUGUGAGAAUCCCGAUGAAAUUUCGUAAGGACCGUAUGAGAGUUAUAUACAUUUACACACAGACACACAUAUAUAUCUCCCCUGGAUAAAAAUGUAACUUAUUAAAUUUUCCUAAUCAAGGGAUUGGUAUUUAUCUUCCCUUAUCUUUCUCUAUUGUGUGAAACAUCUGCUUAUGCAUAAUCGGAUCAACUGUAAAUUUUCAUUUAUUUGUUACAUUUCGUUUCUGUUGUCGCUUAUUUUUAAUUUGCCCUCCAAUGCUGCAUAUGUGCCGGAACAGUAAGCUCUAUGAAAUUAAUGACAUGUAAACAUUUUCUUUGUAUUGUCACAUAAAUGUAUAGCUUUAUAGAUUAUUUCGAACGGUAUUCCAUUCUUUAAAGUUUCCUUUAAUUCCAGAACACCCAUUGUGUAACCCCAACUGGAGUUAAGCAAUAAGAGAAACACUAGAAAUCAUGGGGUCUUUUCUCCCAUCUUGCGCUUAAGUUCAGCACUUAAAAAGUUACGCGAUUUUGACUUAUACGUAUGGGAGAACAGAGCCCUAUAUGUUUGUACUUUUUAAGCCGUAGCGUCGAUGAAAGUCUGCACUUGAAGUAAUAAGUUAGUGUGUUUUGCUUGUCAAUGUUGAUCUUUUUAGCGAGGACUGGUUACGUUUGUUAAUAUCGUACUACUUGCCUUUCGUCUCCAAAGACAUACAGUGAUUCUUGUGUCCUUGCCAGUGAUUCGCAUGCAAACAAUAAUGCUAAGUGUGGCGUAAUUAUUUGUUGCAUACUACAUUCUUCCAAUAAAAUACCCUACGUUUUGUAAGGACCCCGUGGACUAGAACUGGAACUUGCCUCUGAAUCAGUGUUGGAUCGCUGCUCGUUUCGGAUGUUACGUCAUUUAUAAACAUCGUUAUUGUGGUUAGGAAAACAUGCGCAGUAAUACCAUGCUCGUGUUCACACACAUUUCUAAUCAUCCUUAUUAAACUUUUGUAUUCAGCAAGUUAUUAAUUUGUAUGUUUUAACAUCACUAGCCAUCUUACCAGCCCACUACAAUGCAUAAUUAAUAAAAAAAAUAAUUAGCAUACGGUGUUAUGUUAUUUUACAUGCAAUUAAUUAUAUGCUUUAUGUUUUUGGAAGCAAAGUCCGUUUUGAUUGCUAUUUUAAAGUCAAAAACCGGAAUUGUAACACGUAGGUAAACAGAGAAUAACACCUCGUAAAAUUACAUCGUUUAUGUACCCCUACUUUCAUCCCUUGACUAAACCGUAGAACAGUUUUAUUUUCUUUCAACUACAUUCAUGUAUUGUAUUAUACGUGGCAUAAGAAAAUGAAGGUAAAACUUUCUUAACCAGCGUACUGAAAGAGUAUAGUUGUAACGUCAUCCAAUGGAUUAUUUUUAGGCCUAUAUUUUCUAUUAUUCCUUCAAAUUUAUCAGGAACUAACUUACUUGCUUGUCACUGUCUUUACAAUUGCAAGAUCGACAUGUUCAUGUCCUCUUUCUUUUAUACCCUGCUAGCAGAUUUAGCAAUAUGUUGAUAUAGGCUGUUAGUUGAAUAUAGCUGUAUGGUAUCCAUCCGUUACAAACGCUCUUGUCCAUGACCGAUCGAACUUGGUUUCAAGUUUCAGUUUCAUUUGCCAUAUGUAUGUUAACACAGGGUCAGGAUUACAAUGAAAUGCGUUGGACGAGAGAUAAACAAGCCUCUCAGCGUUAACACAAUAUUGCUGCGAUAACUCGGAGCUCUCGUCGGUGCUAUAAUACUACUAAUAAUAGCAAUAAUAAUAAUAAGAAACAUUGCCACCUUACGUAUAAUCCAAAAAGGUCUACCGAGGCAGAAGCGACAGCUUUUCUCACCCCACACAGUGUCAUAUGCAUGUUAUAACGGUUCAUUAAGCUUUUCCGAGUUCCGAGUGUUAGUUCCCACUGUGGGACUUCGACUGUGAAAUGAAUGAAUAAAUAAAUAAAUCUAGGCCUAUGAUUUACAUAAAACUGCUUUUCUAAAUUGCGACGCUUUUGCUAUUUCUCGCGCUGAAUGAACGUCCUUUAAAGUCGCUUAGAAUACUGGUCAGCUGUUGUUACUGGUUCUAGUUUUCUUGCAUGUUCCCAUUGCUUAAUUAUUUUUUAUGUAUUUUUGGCAAUAACAUUUUAAGAAUAAUUUCUAAAGAAAAUUUGUAAUUUAAAUCUAGUGUAAUCAUGAGUUGAUUCAUGGUUUUUGCUAUUUUGAUUGUAUAGCAGUUUGGUCAGCUGUUGCUGUUUUUAAAUUUGCUUUAUGAAUAUAUUUUGACUUCACUUGUGUAACAGAAUAUAAUUCGGCACAAUUGUGUAACAUUUCUUGUAUUGUUUAGAAUGCAUUUGUUUAACUGUGUUUUAAUUUUUUUUUAAUGUAAAUGUGUACUAAUGAUGCACACAAUUGUAAAGGUAUUGCAAUCCAUCGAUUUUUGAUGAUGAUGAUGAUGAUUUAUUUAUUUUUUUUAAAUGAAGAGGCAUCCGGGUAUACCUGAGUUUUUCAUGAAAAGAAAUCCAAAGUGACAUGACUUUCCGCCCUUGUUCAGAGCCGUAUACUUUAAAAAAAGAAUAGAAUCUGUUCUUUGUUUGAAAGACGCAUUUAUCAAAAUAAGAUUUAAUUUAUAAUAUCUAUAGACUAAUAAACAGGGGUCAACACCAUGGCGAAUUCUGAGGGAAGUUCAACAUGCAUUUUUUUACGACGGACAUGCUAUUGCAAAACGUUGUUUUUUUCAGUCAAAACAGACGGGGACCGGUUGACCAUCCUCGCUUAUAAAUAACAGUUUACAAAGACUUUCAAAAUCAUAUUUAUAUCAUAUGUAUUAAUCAUGUUUUGCCCCCAAUCCCCCAGGUCUCCUUAAGCUGCUUAUAUGUAACUAGGAAAAACAGAUUCCUGCAGAAGACAAUCAAAUUGAUGAUAAGAACACUUUAAAAUGUUUCCGGUUAAUAUUUUAAUUGUGAGUCGUUAAAAAUAGAAACAGCACAUUAAUAAAUGCUGACAUGCUGUCUAAGGUGCUUUGGUGCCCCGUGUUUUCUGGAAUGGGGUAGCGGCACCUGCCCUUGAUACGCAGUGUGGAUAACGGAGAGAUGGAUGGAUAGAUAAAUGGGUCAUUAGUAAAGUAUUUAUUAAAUAGUAAAUAUGUAAAACAUUUUUCUGACAAUAUGCUGAAAUUUCCAAACAUCCGAUUUACAUUAAGAUGGAAUUCUUUGAUAGUCACCUUGAGAUACAUAAUUACUAUGUAUUACUGAAAAAGUAAAAAUCAUUUCAUUUAAACAACACAUAAGAUGGCAGAGUGGCAGAAUGGUAAGUACUACUGCCUCACAUAUCCAGGUUUGGGGGAAGGAUUUCUGCCACUGCUCUCUGUGUAGGGAGUUUGCAUGUUCCUUCUGUGUUCUCCCUGUGUUCCCCCUGUGCUCUCCCUGUGUUCCCCCUGUGCUCUCCCUGUGUUCUGCCUGUGCUGUGCAGGGUCAUCUGGGUUCCUCCCAUUUAAUUAACAUGAGCUAAUAAUAAAGCUAUAGUAGUACAUGAAGCAGAACUUCAUAGUGCUGCAAUAUGUUGAUUUACUGGAAGCUGUCUUAUAUGUUGUGAUGAUUUAAAUUAAGGACUUUGAUUUUCAGCUUUUGUAUGUUUUGCUGUAAAGUUGCGUGUCAGUUUUGCCUAGGCAGUGAAACUUCGUAGGUACAGUAUAUACCCGAAAGCUUAUUUUCCAAGAAGCAACUUAAAUUCCAGUUUCAGUAAUGGAUUAUAAAUUCUACCUUUUAUUUUCAUAUAAUUUAUUAUUUGUGACCAGUUGCAAGAUUAUAGCAUGUUCCUGUUUAUAUAUAUUCUAGUUUAUUUAAUUUAGGUAACCUUUCCAGAUUAUAUACUUCAGUAGGCUACACGCUGGUUUUCCUUUUUAUUGCAUAAAUGUAGCUUUCAUGUCAUAAAACAGAACAGCCAGUGUGGGACUGUCUUUGUUUGAUUUACCUCCAGAGUGCCUUACGUGGCGGCGAGUGCUGUGCUCCUGCACCGUGGCUUCAUCAGUCUUCGGCUGUGUGACUAUGGGUAGCUUGUCUCCUCUCGUGUUAGCGUCUGACACGCUCCAGCUGUGGCCCCGACCUGGCCUAUGUGCAAGUCUUUCAACUCGUAGUAAUAAACUAUAAUCACUUCCUCUGACUAAUUCAGAAAGCAGGUGGAAAGCUCUGAAUGUACUGUGAGGUAAUCAGCUGCCCAAGAGUGUAAAUCUCCCCUGAGAGGUGAAUAGUUAUGAAGUAAUCAACUAUGUUUUCCUGUCAUAAAACUGUACAGUACUCACUAAGCAUGAAUUAAAUUUCACAUAUAGUAUAUACCCAGAGUUUACAGUACAUCGGUGUUAGGGUCUGUACCGUCCAAACCUGCCCUUGGUGUCUCUGUCCCAUUUGGCCAGCAGGUGUCGCUGACCAUCCUGUUUGCCACCAUGUCUCUUGUCCUUCACAUCCCUAGUGUGUUUCCCCAGCUCCCUGGCUGCCGCACAGCUCUAUGGGCUGAGCAUGUGGCUACAAACCCUCUGCUUAUGGGUUAAAGGCCUGCCUCCUCAAGUUAUUUGUAUUUCCUGGAUUUUUGCUUCCCCCGUCUUUGGUACUUUCUUUCCUGGUUAUAGGUUUGUCCUGCUUUUGUCCUGUUCACUUCCAUAUUGGUUCCAGGUUACUUAUCCUAGUGUAGUAAUUCCCAGUGUGGUUAGUGUUUCCUCGUUUCAGUGUUUGUUAGAAAUCUGUAGUUCUGUGUUGUUAUUCUAACUCACCUCACUUGUUUCUUGUUGCUAUAUGUCUUGGUUGAUUGGCUAACUCUCAUGUUCCACACCUGCCCUCUUGUUAGUCGGUUCCCUGUCUAUGUUUAAGUGCCUGCAUUCUGCGUUGUUCUCUAGUCAGUUAUUGUACAUUGUUCUGUGGUUGUUACUCCGCCGGUUUUCUGAGUUCUGUUCUCUCUAUUACCUGUUUCCUGUUGUACGUCAUUUAUGGUUCUUUAAGUAAUGUUUUACACCGGAGUAUUUCUGACCUCUCAUAGUUCUUUUUCCCCAGCAUGUUUUGUUUUGAUUAAAAUAAACUUUCGUUGUCUUGGAGCUGCC